CGAAAGAGAGAGAAAGAGCGUGCAAGACAGAGCGAGCGUGUGAGAGAGCGAGCGUGAGAGAGAGAGAGAAACUGCACCGAUGAUCGACGCCAGUCUGCCACCACUCUGUAGCAGCGAGAGGGUGCAACAAAAGCACAGAACGACGUCUCUGCUUCUCUCCUCUCCGGUCCCCUCUGCAUCUCUCCUCCUCCUCCGUGCCGACAACUCCGUACACAACGCUACCCAGACGCAGCAAGCCGGCGUCGCGAGAGGGGGACUCUGCCCGCCAUCAACAAGUUAGGGUUGACGGACCCUGAGCGGCGAAAAAAAGGAAUGUUUGCUCUUCAAUUAAGCCAGUGAGCUGACGACAUUGCGGUGGAAAAGAACGGGAAGAGAAAAGGAGGGGGUGUGCUGUUCAGUUCGCCAGGCUUGCUUUAGAUGCAAAUCAUCAACUUCAAAAAGAUUAAGGAUUCCUGGAAGCGAAAAAAUGCCACUUCUUUCUUAAUCGGGGGAUUGAAUCAAAAACAAGGAAUAGAAAUAAAAAAAAAAACAAGAUGGACAAAACCAACAUCCCAUGACAUGGAAUUUCUGAAUUUGUUUCAAAUGAGGGGGCUCAGCAUUGUUUUAGUUCAGAAGACCUUGAUUCCUUUUGUAUUUACUCAAAAGGCUUUUUCCCCCUUUGGAUUUCUCUUCCAUCUGGCUGUUCCAGGAGUCUGAGGAAAAAGACAGUUGAAUGCAGCCGCCGAUGUUCACAAAAGAAUGGGUUUCCAUUCAAGGUGGCCAUUGGUGGGACAAGCACCAGCGGCACUUUGUGUGAUCAGCAUGCUACUGUGCCUGCCUCCCGCGUCAUGCACAGCCUGCCCUCAGAAAUGCCGCUGCGAGGACCUGCAGUUUUACUGCGACACGCAGGGGCUCCUGGCGCCCCCAGACGGUGUGGACAAAGGGGCCCUGGGGCUCUCGCUCCGGCACAACAGCAUCAGCGAGCUGAGCCCAGACCAGUUCUUUGGCUUCACUCAGCUUACUUGGCUCCACCUGGACCACAACCAAAUACUCACCGUGCAUGAGGAUGCCUUUCAGGGGCUCUACAAGCUCAAGGACCUGAACUUGAGCUCCAACCGCAUCACCAAGCUGCCCAACACAACCUUCAUCCACCUCAUCAACCUCCAAAUCCUGGACCUCUCUUUCAACCAGAUGACUGCGCUGGAGCCCGAGCUCUUUCACGGGCUCCGUAAGCUCCAGAUCCUCCACCUGAGGUCCAAUUUCCUGCGGACCACGCCCGUGAGGGCCUUCUGGGACUGCCGGAGCCUGGAGUACCUUGGCCUGAGCAACAACCGGCUCCGGAGCCUGGCCCGGAACGGGUUCGCUGGGCUCAUAAAGCUACGGGAACUCCAUCUGGAACACAACCACCUGACCAAGAUCAACUUGGCUCACUUCCCCCGCCUGGUUGCCCUCCAGUUCCUCUAUCUCCAGUGGAACAAGAUCAACAACUUAACGUGCACCAUGGAGUGGCAGUGGACCACUCUGGAGAAACUGGAUCUCACGGGGAACGAAAUACGCUCGCUGACCCCCGAUGUGUUUGAAACGCUGCCAAACCUUAAGGUUCUGCUGCUGGAUAACAACAAACUGACCAGCCUCGACACCCAAACGAUGGAUAUGUGGAAGUCCCUGAACAUCAUCGGGUUGUCCAGCAACCUUUGGGAAUGUACCAAAAGGAUCUGCAACUUGGCCGGUUGGCUAAGUAAGUUCAAAGGUCGAUGGGAGCAUUCCAUCCUAUGUCACAGUCCAGAGUUCACGCAGGGUGAGGAAAUACUAGAUGCUGUUUAUGGAUUCCAGCUCUGUCAGAACUUCUCAGCACCAGUUGUACUGACCAGCACCACAACGGAGGCCACGCUGCCCCAAGAGUUCACUAGCUCCUCGUUUGGGAAUAUGCAGACGCCGACACAGGACUUCUAUGCAGAGGAUUUUGGGAGCUUUACUGUUGUGACCACCACUACUACCACUACCCAAACCCCACGUACUGCCUUGGCCACCACCACCACGGUGGAUGGGACGGAUGUUACCGAGGACUACGCCAUGAUGGACAACACAGUGCUGACCCAGAGAGUCAUCAUAGGUACUAUGGCCCUUUUGUUUUCCUUCUUUCUCAUCAUUUUUGUAGUGUACAUCUCACGGAAGUGCUGCCCUCCCACUCUACGAAGAAUCCGCCACUGCUCAGCCAUUCAGAACCGGCGACAGAUGAGGACCCAGCAGAGGCAGCCAAUGGCGGACCUGGCCACACAGGUGCCCUAUAACGAAUAUGAACCGAGUCACGAGGAGGGCGCACUCGUGAUCAUAAACGGCUAUGGGCAGUGCAAAUGUCAGCAACUGCCUUACAAAGAGUGUGAAGUAUAGACACUUUAUUUAUUCCUGCAGUUUAUGGGUUUACCAUUUUAACCAUUUCAAAUGAUACAGGGUUUGUUUUUGGACUCAUUUUCAGUUUGUAAAGAAAGGGAUGAAAAAAACAAACAUUAAUUCUUUCUACUCGCUAGCUUUGAAAAUCAAUGAAAAUCUGGAGGUCACAGGGAUGGAAUGGAAGAAAGAAUAGAUAUAUAGAGAAAUCCACAAGUUUAUUUUUAUAAUACGAACGCAAGGCUCAUAUCAAGCUGGGGCAAUCAUUCUCAGAUGAAGUUGGUAUGUGAGAUUCGUCACUGCAUUAUUAGUCACUUAUACAGCAGCACAGAAACGACAAAAAGAAAAAUCUAUAACCAAAUCGCCUGGAAACUUGUGCUCCAGAAAAUGGUUUAUAAAGUGACAUUCUUAAUCUGAGAGUGAAAUUUUAUUACAUGGAAAGAAGUGUUGUUUCAAAUGGUGUGUACAAGUGCAAAUCUGAUGAACAAAAAGGGAAAAAUAAACGUGGUGCACGUCAGACAACACUACUGAUUACACCUAGUCACUUUUUGGGAGAGGAUACAAAAUUUUAAAUUUGCUGGCUUCAUGGUUGGGUACAAAGAGUGAUUUUUUAAUUCACCUUUUUAUUCUUUAAAUUACAGAGAUUACAGGGAGAGUACUGUUAAAUUUAUCCCAUACCUGAUUUAGCUCACUGAGUGUCUAAAGAGGGAAUUCAGCCAUUAUUUCCAAAUAUCUGCCAUGUUCAUUUGUGUUUGAUCUAGCGAAAACUUCAAUUUCAACUCAUGAGAAGGGUCAACAGCCUUCUUGUUUUUGAUUUAAUCCAAUAAAUUCCAACCCCUUCUUCGAAACGUGAAAAGCUUAGCACUGUGUGUGGAAAGGUUAAUGUCCAAUCUUACUCUGCGUUACAUUCGCUGUCUGGUUAGCUCCUCCUGCUAUGACGUCAGCAGGGAUUGAAUAAACGUUACCCAGAGACAUUUGCUUACUUUACCAUUAUGCAUAAGCACAUUCAUGCUUAAAGAAAAGAAAAGAAAAGAAAA